UUGAAAAUUGUGGUUAUCAUCUAACAUAAAUUGCUUAUAAUGUAAAAAGAAUUCAUUACAUUUGGUUAUCCAUGUCGGAAAUUAAAAACAAGUUCUAUAGAAACUAUUCCUACAGAGUCAAUAUCUAUAGAAAUCUAUAGGUGUUCCAAAUGAUUACCAUUAAGAUCAGUUGGAUUUAAUAAUAGACAAAUGUAUUAAACUGAACGAAAAGAGAUGCAAAUGAAAAGUUUGAUAGUAAUAUCAAUAUGAAAAGCAGUUACUGUGAAUGAAACAUUUCUUGGUGAUUUUGUGCAUUGUACUAACAUAAUUGAAAAUAUGCUGAAAUGUUUGAAAAAAGUGCACUUUUGAUGCUCUGUUUGAAAAUUUACCAAAUGCUUGUGAUAAUUGCACCAAAGCAAUUAAAAAAAGUUUUAGCUUACAUUUGUCUGCAAAUUUCAUGCAUUUAAGCAGCGGAAAAAACAUAACUUCAGUCAAGUGUGUGUAAAGUUUUGCCUGGUAGUGUGUGUCUGACACGAAACAAUAGAGUAUUGUUUAUUAGCUUCUCUCACGGGCAGGGUGUGAAACAGCUGUGACCCAAUAGAGAGCCAUAGCAGGGGCUUUGAGAGUGCUGUGAGUGUUCAUUGGUCAGCAGAUGGCCUAAUUUGCAUACACCAUGACCUAUAUCUGAUAGGUGCGAGCUGGAAACACCAGAGUCAGUGAUGAUCACAGCCGAGCCGGAGCUGAAUGAAGAGCUUUUAUUCUCACGUUUCUUUUCAAGUGUUGUCCUGAUUUUUUUUUUUGUUUGCAAACAUGAAGAUCUGCUGCAGUUUCUUCAUGCUUCUGUGCAUGAUUUGCAACGGCUGCUGCACAACGACAAAGUACUUCACGUUUGAGGAAGAUUCCCCUGGUACAGAGAUCGGAAACCUUUCUCAAGACUUGAAAAUAGACCCGGCGGAGGAUCCCGAGACAUCCUUCAAGUUUAUUCAGAAGACAAACUCCAUCAUCCACAUGAGGCAAAUGGACGGGCUGUUAACAGUCGGAGAGGUCAUUGACCGAGAGCAGCUGUGUCACCGAUCCCCACAGUGCCUUAUAACUUUUGACGUCGUCGCCUUUUCAAAGGAGAAAUUUCAGCUCAUCCACGUCGAGAUCGAGGUAAAAGACAUUAACGAUCAUUCGCCUCAGUUUACACGCAACGAAACGCAUUUGGAUAUAUCAGAAGACGCACCUUUAAACUCACGGUUUCCUCUGGACGUCGCCGUGGACCUCGACGUUGGAGAUAACUACGUUCAGAGCUACCAUAUUUCACACACAAACCAUUUUGUUGUUGAAGUCAGCACCCGUGAGGACGGAGCGAAGUCUGCUGAGCUUGUGUUGAUCAAAAAGCUGGACCGGGAGACGGAGGAGUUUUACACGAUCGAGGUGACCGCGACCGACGGCGGGACUCCUGCCAAAUCAGGCUUGACGGCCGUUUACAUCCGAGUGCUGGACUUCAACGACAACAGCCCGACGUUUGAACACAACUCGCUCAAAGUCCAGCUCAGCGAAGACUCGCCCGUCGGGUCCCGUGUGCUGAAAGUGCACGCUUUCGACCCCGACGCCGGCAUCAACGGAGAAGUCGUGUACGGGUUCGUCGAAGGCUCCCCGACCGAAGUCACACGCGUUUUCCAGAUCGACCUCAUCACUGGAGAAGUGACCCUCAGAGACGAGGUCGACUACGAGACUAAGAAGUCGUACGAGUUGCACAUUCAGGCCUCCGAUCUGGGCGCCAAUUCGGUCUCGUCGACAUGCCGGGCCGUCGUCGACAUCCUCGACGUGAACGACAACGCGCCGGAGAUCAGCAUCAAACCGAUGACUUCCACCAGCGACGGAGUGGCGUUCAUCACCGAGGCCGCGGCCGAGGAGAGUUUCGUGGCGCUGAUCAGCACCUCCGACGGAGAUUCGGGUCCCAACGGUUACGUCAGCACCACUUUGGAAGGACACCAGCAUUUUAAGUUGCAACAAGCCUACAGCGACACCUUCAUGAUCGUCACGACCGCGACUUUGGACAGAGAAGCCAUCUCGGAGUACAACCUCACUGUGAUCGCUGAGGAUUUGGGAACGCCGCCGUUUAAAACCGUCAGGCAUUACACGAUACGCAUCACGGACGAGAACGACAACGCUCCGAUGUUUAGCAAAGCCACAUAUGAUGUCUCGGUAAUAGAAAACAACAUUCCCGGCUCGUACAUGACUACGGUGGUCGCGAGAGAUCUGGACUUUGGAAAAAACGGGAAGGUGUCCUACAGCCUUAUCGACAGCAGAACUUCAGACGGUUCGCCGAUAUCUACGUUUGUGUCCAUCGACCCUCACUCGGGCUCUCUGUACACGCUGAGAUCCUUCAAUUUUGAGACUCUGAAAGAAGUUGAGUUCGCCGUGAAGGCUAGCGAUAAAGGUUUCCCUUCGUUAUCCAGCACCACUUUGAUACAAAUCCGUGUGGUGGACGAGAACGACAACUUUCCGUAUUUUACGUAUCCGGUGUUGCGGAACGAUUCUGCCGAUGUUCCGAUUCCGCUCAGCGCUCAGGCAGGUUAUCUGGCGUUACGGGUUACGGCUCAAGAUGAAGACGGCGGCGUCAACAGCGAGCUCAGUUUUCAUAUCCUAGAAGACCAAACGCAGCUUUUUUCCAUUGACAGAAAGACCGGAGAAAUCAUCUUGAAGCGAAGACUCGCUGCUUCAUGCGGAGACGUCCUGCAGAUUAAAGUUUCAGUCGUUGACGGCGGCAGAGAGCCGCUUUCUAGCACCGCGACCGUCCGGUUUGUGGUGACGGACACUGGUGCGCAAGAGGACCAGGUGGUUAUUUUACUCCGACCGAAGGACGAGGAGACUCUGGAGUUUGAUGUGUGGACCGCGGUGAUCGUCGGGUUCUCUGGAAGCUGUGUGCUGUUACUGGUGGCGAUUACCGUCCUCACCGUGACCUGUACGAUCAAACGCAGACGGAGGAACUUUGGGAGAGACGGCCUGUACGGAUCGACCCCGCUGUCCAAGAACGGCGCUGUCGGCUCGAGCGUUUACGGCGGCGCUAAUGCCUUCCUCAGAAAUGAAAGCGAUUCAAUGCAGCCCUGUCUGUAUGAAGACAAGAGCCUGGAUUUUGAGGAAAAGCUGUUCCUGCCAUGCAAACCUUUUGAGCAAACCUUUUUAUGGCAAGAUGAAAAAUACUGUCUGCAAAGGAGUGGCACGAGCAACACGGAUCAGCUGAGCGUGAAGGACAGCGGCAAAGGAGACAGCGAUUUCAACGACAGCGACUCUGACAGCAGCGGAGCGGCCCUGAAGAGAGGCCUGACCACCUUCCAGCCGCUGGCCCGAGGUUCCCUCGGCGCCGCGGGAGACUGGAAGAGCGGAGGUCACGUGAUACAGACCCGUAACGUGCACGUCCCUCCGGGCAGCGCCUACACCAUCGGGUUCUCGCACGUGUACAACACGACGCACCUCACUUCCCAUUCCUGGAAGGAAGGCCACAGUCAAGGGAACGGAUGGAGCGGCAUGCAGACGUUCUCACGGACGGGAACUCUGCCUUCAUACUCGGCCCAUCAGGUGAGGAGGACGAGGACGGCGGUCGAAGAGCAAACUCAGACUGAACUGCUCUCAGAUGCGUCUGAAGUCGCCACCACCUUCUAGAUAUCCGUCCGAUUCGCUGAGCAAACCUCAGUGUUUCUGUCUGGUUUUCCAGCACAAUUAUCUAAACAUUCUUAAAUCAAGAUACUUGAAGAGCAAAAUGACUGAAGAUAUUGAGAUUGAAUGCUGAUCAACAUGAAGUUUGAGCUUAAAACAAGAACAAAUAUAUGCCAGUGUGGGCAAAAUAAUAAUCUUAAUUUAAAAGGAAAACAAGAUUAUUUUUGAAUCAAGUCUUAAUAUCUCUUCUCCAGUAAAUGUUUAGAUGUUUGUGCUGGAAAACAAGACGGAAACACUGAGGAAAAACUUUCGUUUGGUUGGAAAUGGCAUUUUCUUUUCUUUUUAUUCAAGAAAAUAUUUUUAAGAGCGGCCCGUGAACAUUAAAUUGAUAUUUAUUGUACAUAAUUGUAUAUUUUUGUAUAUAUUUUUCUCACUGAAAAUGUGUUUUUGUGCCACCGACUCAUUUUCUUCAUAGAUGUUGUUAGUUUUGAGUUUGUAUGUUUUUAGUAAAACAAGACAUAAGUGAAUUUGAUGCUGUUUAUUCCCACAUAUUUAUAUUUUCACCUGAAAUAUAGUUUAGUUUAUGUGUAAAAAUGCUUUUAAAUAUAUUGCACAUCUCUUCUAAAGUGUCAUAAGUAUAAACCGUGUGCGUUUGGGUUUUAAGCGAGGCUUAUAAAGACUGUAUAUAUUCUUAAUUGUGUAUAAUUUUCUCACCUCAAAUAAAGUACUUCAAAGUCUA